CCCUCCGAGCCGAGCGCGGGGCCUCGGGCCCGGCCUCCCGAGUGCCGCCGGGCGCUGCUGCGGCCCGAGGGCGGGCUGUGGGCCGGCCUGCGCUCUGCGGCGUGACACAGCGCUGCGGGGCGGCUCCUGCCGGCAUCCCGCACCGGGCGGGGGGGCCCCGCGUCCGUCCGUACCUCUGCGUCUUCCCGAAAGCGAGCUGCGGCCUCUGAGAAAAUCCUGCACCGAGAGCCAGGGGAGCUCGUCUUGUGAGCGGCCCUCGUCGCUUUUUGUUGGCGUUUACAAAAUAGGUCAGGCGGCCAAAUGGCAGUUCUGGCUGCGCUUCCGUGGCUGUGCCUUUAUCGCCUGGCGGUUUGGAAGAACGUCAUUCUAAGAUACUGAGAAAUCUGGACUUUUUAACAGUGUACUACCUAAAGAAAUAUAAGGAAUUGAAAAUUGUAGCUUCCUUGCAUUUAAUUUUAUGGUAUUUGUACCUCUUAUUUUUUCUGUAACUCUAGAUCAAGAAACGCCAUGAGUACAACUCCAAGAAAGCGCCGUGGAGGAUCAGCUAACUCUAGGCAAGCUCAGAAACGAAGCAGACUGAUAGCUUCUACCACAGAGAUGGCUUCAGAAGGAGAGCCAAUAGAACUGGAGGAAAGUGCUGGUGAAGAAGUAGUAGAUCUCACAUGUGAAUCUUCUGAUCCUGUAGUAGUUGAUCUAACUCACAAUGAUUCUAUUGUGAUUGUUGAAGAGAAUCAGCAACGGAGGAGAAAUCUCAGACUAAGAGGCCAGCGGCAGUCAGACAGCUGUGUGUUAAGUAGUGAUGAUGAAGAUGAAACAAGAGAUAAUGAUGUGUAUGUAACAGAUAAAGUGUCUCGAGAGCUGGGACCACUGGAGGAUGAAACUGCAAGCUCCAAGCCUUCUGGUACUGUUAGCUGUCCAAUUUGUAUGGAUGGUUACUCGGAGAUUGUGCAAAGUGGACGACUUAUUGUGUCAACCAAAUGCGGCCACGUCUUCUGUAGUCAGUGCCUCCGCGACUCCCUUAGGAACGCCAACUCCUGCCCAACUUGUAGGAAAAAACUCACUCAUAGACAAUACCAUCCGAUUUAUAUAUGAGUACUUACAUUUCUCAGGACAGAUUCAACUGGAUUUUGGGGAAAAAUGUCAUGUUUUCAAUGCUCUGAAGAUUUGAGGAGCAGCAGGUUGUGCACACGUCCAAAUAAAACUGAUUUUUUUGAGAAUAACUCGAGGAAAUAACUUUCCUUCUACUUUUUUAAUGCGUGAAUAAGAGGGGUCUGAAUAUUUUGUUAUUUCUUAUUCUUGAAAUUGUUCCCACCAUUGCGUACAGAUAUGAAAUAGUUACCUUUCACAAUACAGGUGAACAACUUGCCGUUUCAUUACGCUUUUAUUUUUAUCCUAAAACGUGCUCACUGUGUAUUGCUUUCUGCUAAAUCAUCUUUGCCCAAGUAGAAGUUCUGUAGCAGUGGAUCAUUUCAUCGUUAACUAAAUUGACAUCCGGGGCAACGCAAUGAAUUAACCUGCUGUUAACCAGCAGUCAGAUGGGUUUUUUUUAUUAAGCAGACAGCUUGAACGUGUAGAUGUCUUCAUGGACUCCAUGAGCUCUGAAAUGCAUAGCCCAAUUUGCAGCAUGUACAAUGUGAGAGUUCCUGUAUUUGAAUCACAGCACUGAAUUUGUUUUCUACUUUCUAACGUGAUGAGAUGGUCUCUUGGGUUUACUGCAGUUCUGCAGAGCUCUGUCUCCUUGUGACUGAGGAGAAGGUAGUAUUCUCUAGGCUUGCUAGUGAUGAAUGAGAAGCAAACUGUAUGCUUUGCUCUUGUCAGCUGAAUACCAAACUACCCAGGCAGAUCUUCUUACUGUAUCAAGUGUACUCAAUGCAAUGCUUCAAAUUCAGUGCGUUCACUUCAUUGCUCUCUUCAGUGGCUAUACUGACACACCUGACUGGUUUUAGCCUGAUGCAUAGGAUUAACAUUUAAAUAAUCGUAAUGCUACAAAUUGAGAGGGACAAGGAACUUCAUUUAAUCUCUUUGCUCUAAAGGCUAUGCAUCCUUCUUUGUGUGCAUGACACGAAGAGACAUCAGGUACCUGUCCUGGGAGAGAGCUCUUCUGUUUGAACAAGGCAGAAAUGCACAGGUUUAGGCACUGUUGUCUGGUCGCUUUCUUUUUUCCAGAACAGAGUUAAAAAUGUCUACUUUAAACCAACUGAAAUCUGCAGGCUGAUGUGAAAUUCCAGAUGAGCUGAUGGAAAUGGGAUAAUAACCGAGGUGAUUAAAAUUGGUAUUUUAUGGUCCACGUAUGCUGUAGCUGCUUCUAUGAAGGCUGAAAUUCGGUAUGUAAAUUAAAUCCAAAAUGAGGCUGUCGGGUACCCUUUGGAAAGUUGUUGAUUAUGAAAAACCUUAGAAGUAGCAUUCUGGGCUCUGGGCACAGUGUGACUAUAGGAUGCGUUCAGUUAGCAGUGGAUCUGUUGCUUCUUUGCUGACUUGUCCUAGGGAUCGGUAUGAAGCCUUCAAUUAAGGCAGCUCUUUUAAUUAGCCGUCUCAAGUUCUCGAUUGAAGAUUGCAUCCCAAGAGCCAAGUUUCUUAUUAGGAUGUUGGGGGGCGUUCCUGGGUGUAAUAAAGCAUCCCAAACUGUUGAGUAAAGGCCAGCUGCGGAACAGCAAUACCUUCCCCAGCAUGUUUUGGGGAAGCUUGGGUUUGGUGCUAUUACCAGCAAAACGCGGGUCCUGCACUGUGGCAAUACUGUAACUACCAAGAAGUUGCACAUCUCGUUCCUGUGCACCCCGAUGGCAACAUGAACUCGUAAGUGAAGGAAUACAGCAGUCUUAGGGUAGCACAGCGGCAGCGAAGGCUGGAAGUUCUGUUCCAAAAAAAGAUGAAAUGAUGAAUCAGUCCUAAAGGUGACGUAAAACAUGAAUGAAGAGGAGAAGCAGCCCAGCAUUAAACUGUGAAAAUAUUUAAAGGCCGUGAAGGGGGAAGAACUUCAGGCCAGCUUUCCCUGAGUGGCUGCUGUGUCAGAAGGAUGGUGAUGAGAGGGUUUAAUGGGUUACCUCCAGAUGAGGCUGUGUCACACCCAUGCAGCUGCCAUAGUUACUAGCUAUAGCCUGACACGACUUUGCACAACUCCCUCCGUGUAAAUACCACUUUAUAGUUUGUGCUUCGGUAGCCCUGAUUGGAAUCUAGAUACCCAAACUAUAAAAUAUUUAACAGAAAGGUUUUUUUAGCUUUUGUGUACCCUGUGAAGUGCCACAGAUCUGUGCAUCUUAAACUUUAAGUUCUCAGUAUGUGGACAAAUGCUAACUUGCAUUUUCCUGUUUUUGUUAAAAAGGAAAAGGAAACCCCGAUAUCGUUGCGUUCCGGUGAUGUUUCACAUUGGCAAGAGCUGAUAGAUAAUAUAAAGACUUUUUCCAUUCUGUAAAUGUAUGUCUCGUUGUAUAUAGUUCAAUUUUUCCUGUAUUUAAUUGUAUCCAUGUCUGUAUGUCACAUCUAUGUUGGACUCUGCUGGUAAGCAAACAGCUCUUUCAACAGGUGGAAAUAAAAGAUAAUUUGCUCAGUUAA